GCAAAACAGCGUUUGAAAUAAUAUAAAUAGCACAGUAAGUGUAAUAUGAUUAUAUCUUUAUCAUUGUGAGACUAACAUAAGUAACAAGAUUUCUCUCUUUUUUUUUUUUCUUCUGAAAGAGAGUACCUUCAUGUCUUCAGUACAACUGCAUCAAUUCCUCUGUUAUGGAAGUCUAUGUUGGUGACACUACUGUCACCUGUUGGAAUAAUUCAGCAGUAGAAAAAAAAGAAAAAAUCUUGCAGUGUCCACCAUUGAACAUAUUGUGUCGAACUUUGAAACACCAUCAUUUCUUGAUAACUACCUCAAGUGACCAAGCUUCAUCUGUAAUAGAAACUGAACUUUACAAAGAAGUUACAUUAGAAGUGAUUUUCAGCAAGCCUACACAGCAGGAUAUUAUCCAAAAUGGAGUCCCUUUAAAGAACUUUAAAAUAGCUGCAGUGAAAAAGAUCUUGAAUUUAACUCAAAUUCCUGAAUCAUGGUUGUACAAGAGUUCUCUGUCAUGGACCAGUCAUUAUCUUCUAACUGUUCAAUGGAAAACUAAAAUAAAGUCUGUUGCCUCGGAAAGACUUUAUCAACAAGCCUAUCAAAGAAUUAAAGCGUUAUCUCAACAUGGAAAGUUCUGCUUUAUGUAUGGAGACAACCUAAAAGCCACAGCCUCCCGUGUAAACUUGGUGUCAGCUCCUAGUACCAGCAGAAGUGCCAGUUCUGAAAGAUACGUGGUGCUAGCUCUUGUGAUUGGACUUCUAGUUGGUAUUGUAAUACUAGCAGCAGUUAACCUAAGCUUUUGGAGGUAUCGACAAAGGAUUCACCCAAAUAGAAACAGGAUCCACAUUUGAUGCAGGCUAGAAAAUUUAACCAGCAGAAUUACAUUACCAAAACCUUAGAAAACUCUAGUAUAAUAAUUUGAGUUCUCUUUAUAUUAACUGUUAACAUGAACUGUUCCAGACUUAUUAAUAGAGGAUAUAUUUAUCAUAAAAAAUUUUCUAAUUUGGCACAGAUUCACCUGCCAUAUAUUUCUCAAAAAUUUUAUAAAUUCUUAAUUCUAAUGAUGGUUUUGUAGAGUUCAGAGUUUGUUCUAAAUAAUAAUCAGGACUACCAGUGAAUCUUUAAAAUCUAUUUUUCAGAAGCUUAUCCUUUAAAAUCUGCAUAAUUGUUGAAAAAGCCUUUAAUAGCUCAUAACAACCUGUUUUUCUAAUGUUUAAGCUGUAAUAUAUAUAUAUAUUUACAGAAAUUUAAUUUUUUGCCCUUUCUUUAAAAUGUAAAAUUCAGUUCUUGGUUGUAGCUGUCAUACUUGUCCAUUAAGCAGUCAUUCAUUGUGGCUAGUGACAGAUGCAGCCUGGGAGCAAGACCUUAGAAUACACUACAAGUAAUUACAUAGAACUUUACAGUUCACUCAUAAGUUUAUCUCAGGUGAAAUCACUUAAAGGGUUGACAGAAGAAUCCAAAAGAUCAAAAAGUGAGUUCAGAAAUGAGCGUGCUCAGUUACUAGGUGAGAAAGAUUAUUCUUAACUUUUAAGUAGUAAGUGGAAACUGCUAUAUUUUAAAAUCAUAUCCAUAUUUGGUUCUUUAAUACUUAAUUCAUUAUAAUAUAACACCUCUGCAAGAAAGAUUUUAAUAAAAAUAGCCUCCAAUUUGUCAAAUUUAACUUUCAUUUUAAAGGCUUGCAGAAGCAGACACAUAAGGUAGGCCUGAAUAAAUAGUAUUAAGAGUUGAUGGUAUGAAAUGUAAAUGAAAUCUUUCAACAUAGUCAACUUUGGUGCUUUGAUUUUAAGGUUCACCAAAGUUGUGAAAUUAAUAAAAAAUACUGAAAAAGGAUAUUGGAACGUUAACUAUACUUUGAAUUGCCAUCAAAUGAAUUCAUUUCAAGGCAUAAUUUUUUGUUAUUCACACCUAUAAAAAUAUGUUGUUAUGUGUGUUUUAUACUGACACACAAUAGAAUGAGAAUUAUCUGAAGACGUGCAAUAUUUGAAUAAGUUACAACAAUAUACUUUGGAUAAAAUAAAAAAAAAGGCUUUUUUACAGGUUUUAUACUAUCAUAACUUUGAUGGUAAGGAUGAUAGAAACUAGUACAAAAUGUAACAUUUAAUUCAUUGUUGGGCAGUCUAAUACGUUGCUCUAAAUAUUACCGCCAAACAAAAACUUAGAAAUAAUGAUGUAAUUCUCACAUUUCUGUUAUUUAUUGCUUUUUUUUUCUACAUUUCAGGCAAUUGCCUUUCAUUCAAAACAAAAUGAAAAGCAGUAAUAAUUAGACUAUGUUCUUUGAAUCAGUAUUUUUUUUUUUUUGGUGCUACUACUACUAGUCCAUUUUUUGUGGUAUUUUCUGUAACAUUAUUCUAAAUGCAUCUUACUUGCUAAAAGUUUUCUUGUUCUUUUUUAUUUUAUGCAACAUUGUUUAGAAAUAGUUUUUAUAAUAAAAGUUGAAAAAUUCUCAAAGUCAUUGUAGUAACAACUUUUUUUUGCUUUAUUGUUACAUGUUAAUUAGGCUCAAUAAUAUUUUGUAUUGAUUUUUUUCCACUUAAGAUAUUUAAUUCCUUUUAUUAUCUCGUGUAAUACUCAACCCUGCCCUUAAUGGUUGUAAUUAGUUUUAUGUGUGGUAUGUACUAUUUUUUGCUAGAUUUAUAAUAAAUCUCUGAUCAAUUGCAAUAAUAAUUUUGCAGAUAAGUCAAAGAAAUUCUUGUACCAUGUUUUCUCAGUUCUAACUUCAUUAGGUUCAGAAUUAAACUCUAAUAUCUUUUAAGUGAUAUUCAGUGUAAAGGCUAAAAGCCAUUGACCAGGUAAGGAAGAUUUGUUACUACAACAGACAACAAUGUUUCAUCCCAUAGGAGCGGACCAUCAUAAGGAUAUGGUUCAACUGAAACCUAACAAUGGCCCACUGCUGUGGGCUGAAUUAUUGUUAUUUCUCAUGUUACUAUAAAGCUGUUUAUUAUAUAUACUGCAUUGAUUUAUCUAGUGGAGUUCUCUUUUCAGUAUUGUCUUUAAGAUAAAGCUUACUCUUAUCAUGAAAAGUAAGUUGGUAGCUGUUUAGCUCCACAUUUUUGUGCCUCGGAGUGUGUAAUUCAAUAUUUAAAUCUCGUGGUUGCUCAAAUAUUUUAUUAUUUUUUUAAUGGUAAAUUUCAUUUGGUGUUAUGUUUUAUGACUCAGUUUUUAAAUCAUCUUAGUGAAGCCCAUAUAUAAAAGAAAAUUGAAGAACUUAUAUGUAUGUGUGUGUGUAUGUGUGAAACAGAACUCAUUUUGAUAAUAAGUUAGCACUUCACAUAGAAGCACAUGCUUAAGAUGGAUCAAGUUAAACUUGAUAUUUGUUAACUCUUAGCUUAGGAAUUAUCAGUACUGAUUAAAAUUCCAAAACAAAAUUUGUUUUGUUUUCCUUGUAUAUAAAAAUAUAUAAUCAAUAUAUGAUGAUACUUAGGUACAUUCAUGAUUGUACUAUAAAUGUAGUCAUGUUGGUGUUAAUACCGUGUUACAGAAGAGUGCAUACAUGUAGUUAUAUUACUCUUAAGCAUCUGUUGAUUCAUAGAAUCUGUUUAAGAGGUGUCUUUACUUGUAGAUCUCACACAAACAUUAUUCCAUUAUUCAUAGUUAUCUUGGUAUUUUUUGCUAAGAAACAGUUUAAUAUUUUUUUAAACGAGCCUUAUAUUACUUUGUACGUUUAUACUGCAGCUAUUUUGCGGGUAUAGAUAUUGUGUUUCCACAUGUUGGAGAAGAAUAUUUUGAUGACUUGUGUAUUUUUGGGAUUCUGAUAGUAAAAUCACAGGACAAGUAUCUGAACUUGGGGAUGCAGUUUGAAUGCCUUCAUAUCACUUUCUUCUAGACUGUUGGAACUAAUGUUUUUUAAAUAGAUGGGUCCUAAAUAUGGGCUCAAGCAGGCUUGAGUCUUGCUCUUAGAUGAGUAUAAAUUGUAAUUGUUGAGUGAUUGUUUAAAGUGUGAGUUUGACAGUGAAGGUAAUCAACUGUAGUUUUAGUUGCUAGUUGAACUCAAAUACUUUUAAAGAGUUAUGAAAAGGCAGAUUGAGGUCCAGUUGUAACAGAUUACACAAGAAAUAAAGAUGAUAGAAGUGAAUGACUCAAGCUAAAGAUAUUCAUGUAGAGAAGCUUGCAUGUUUUUUUAUUUACUCAAGUAGGUAUUGAACACCAGAGUUUUCACAUGUCAGGCAAGUGCUCUACUAACUUAGCUAAAAGGAAGUUGCUAGUAAGGCACUUUUUAACAACUCAAACUACUACAUAUUUUUAUCUCACAUGCUUUAGAUGGAUAAGCAAAUCAUGUAUCUCUGUACUGGUUCAUCAGUUUAAAAUGUACUUAGUUAUUUUUAUUCAUUUAUCUGUUUCAGCAAAGUAUGAACUGUGUGUAUUUUUUCUAGUCUAGACUGUUCUCUAAAAUUAUCCAUUUUAGCCUGGUCAAACUGGUUUAUUCAUUUGUUCCUUGUUAAGUUAGUCCAGUUGCUAAAAUAUAUGAACAUAAAGUUACUUAAGUAAACUGUUACUUUUUUUUUAGUUAAUUCAUUUAAUUGAUUUAUUAAUGUUACAUGUAUGAAAUCAUUCAUCAGUUCUGUAUCUGCCUAGUUAGUUCUAUUAUCAAUUUUAGUGUAAUUAAGAUUGUUUAAUAACCAUAUAUAUAUAUAUCACUCCAUGCUUAUUUUAGUUGGUCGAUUGAUUUUUCAUUGCCAUUUAACUGGUUCAUAAGAAUCAUUUAUCUUGCUUUUUUCUACAUCCAUUUAGUUUUAUAAGCAUUUAUCUUUACUGAAACUAGUCAAGUUGGUUAAAAAUGUAUCACUUUCUGCCUAGUUCAAUUGACUCACUAGGUAUAUAUCAAUUUGAAGUUGUUCUGGAUGGUACAUUAAGCAUUUGUCAGUUUCCACUGUGUUUUGUAAAAAGUAGAUUUUUUUCCUGUUUGUGUGGUUCACUAAUCAUCAGUUACUAGCUAGUCGUAUUGUUGGUUCAUUUAGCAUUUGUCAGGUUUUACUCAGUUCAUUUGAUUAUCUAAGCGACAACCCAAUUUAGCUGUUUCAGUAAGCAUUUAUCAGUUUUAAUCUCUUCCUGUGGUUUAUUAAUCAUCAGUUUCAAACUAGUUAAGUUAGUUGAGCAAGAAUUUAUCAGCUUCUACUCAGCUAAGCUAAUUAUCUAAGCAUUAUUUAGUCAGAAUUCUACCCAUUUCUUGAUUUAUCUCUUGAUUGUUCUAGACUAUUCUCUUGUCGACCCCAGCAGCCAGACGAGACAGAAGAAACCCAGCCAGUUUAGGUAACAGAACACUGUGUGUGUGUGUGUUGUUAAAUAUAGAACUUUUUGUACUUUCACUUGUUACCCAUUUUAAAUUUGUUCUUUACUUAACAAUCCUGAACCUGUAUUUUGUGGGAAGAGCAAAGAGUUCCAACAAAAUGCAGGUUCGGGACUGCUAAGCAAAGAACAAAUUUAACACAGACAAUAGAGGAAAACAAGCAAACACAAGCAUAGUUUGAAACACAAAAUUCUGUACUAAGGAAACAAUAAAAAACGUUAAAAAAUUCACAUUGUAAAAAUAAGAAAAAACGUUUUUAGAAUUGUGUAAAUGUUAUUUGUCAUUUUAUAAAAUGUGACUUUUUUAACAGUCUUAUGUUACCUAAACUGGCUGGACUUCUACUUAUUUCUGGCUACAAAAGAAGAGAAAUUAAGAUCAAGAGCUAACAUUCACUAAUGUCUUACCAUGUCAACUAAUUCUAUAAGCUUUAAUCAGCUUAUGCUUUUUUUUGACCAAUUUAGUUUGAAUUUAUCUCUCAAAAUAGGCCAAUUGAUCCAUUAACCAUUAGGUUUUCAUUAACCUAGCUAGUCUUGAUAAUUUUUCCUGUUGCCAGUUGUUUAAUGAAUUAUUUUAAGAAAGGCAUCUGCUGUCAGAUAAGUCAGAUCUUGUUAUUACAGUCACAUUGUUGUUGGUUUACGCAUGUAUGUCUAUAUGCAUUUUUUGUAAUAUUUGGGAGUGGAGUUGGCUAACAGCUUGCAGAGAUGAUGCAGUGUUUAGUUAACUAGGCACAGCUAACCCUAAGGGUAAUCCCAGUAUUUCUUACUGUUAUCAGGUGAGCAGUAGCUUAAUGCCACAUUAAGGCAAGUUUGUUUCCACUCUAUCCUUACUGCAUCAAAUUUUAAAAACAUCUUUUUACAUCAUAUGUGGUGGGGAGUAGCAGAAAAAAACCAAAGAAUAUUCGAAAGUGGUUAAUUAAAAACAUUUAUACCCCUUAACAACAGUGAUUACUAUUUUAAGUACGAAUGAUCGGCAUGUGUGUAUUAUUUUAUAAUUUGAUAAAUAACUAAAAUCAACGUUUUAUAUUUAUACAAUUUUAAAAACUUUAUUGAAGUUGUCUAUGGCUUCUGCUUUAAAAGCACACUCUACUGAUGACUUCAAUAAAGUUUUUAAAAUUGUGUAAAUAUAAAAAUGUUGAUUUUAAUUAUUUAUUAAAUAGAUCAGUGUUUUCUUACAUGCCCUCUAUCUUUAUCUUCUGAACCUGCAUGAUUUACUGCAGGUUAAUAAACUUUUAGUUUUUGAAGCCUUCAGUGAUUAUAAAAAAUGGAGAUCUUAGCUUAAGCAAGAACUGUGGAUUGUGAAGUCUAGUAAGCGCAAAGAAAAUUGUUAUUAUAGUUUGAGUUUUUUUAUUCUUGUUUUUUGUGCACCAUUUUAUAUGUACACAUAUGCUAAUGGCUCUAUUUUAUUAGUUUAAAACCUUUUUUUAUAUUAGUUGUUUGUUCUUACAUUUUAUAAUUACAAAGUGACUCCUACUUCUUUCUAAUGAUUUCAUUGAGAUUUAUGAAAACCUUGUUUUCGUAAGUAUAUUUUUUAACAUUUUGCUUUUAGAGAUAACCUUUUAAUGACAUGUAUAAAUUUCAUGAAGCCAAAGUACAAUCUGUUUACCUGUGUUCAGCAUUUUGUCCAAAAUUUUUGAACAAAUUACAACAUUAAAAUAAAGAUUAAUGUAGUUGUUUUAUAGCCUUUAGUUUUGUACUA